AUGUCCUCUGCUACUCUUCCCACUGGCCCGAGCGACGCUCGCUACUCUACCACCGCAGCCGUUGCUGAGAUUGAGGCCUCCAACGCUACGCUUUCGACCCAAGUCCAGCAGAAUGCGAACCAGCUUCAUGCCGCGGCUACUAACGCUGCACGGACUGCUGAGUUCAAAGAGCCUCAGGCCGCUUCUGCCGUCGACCAGCUAGAGCAAGGCCUCAGCCAGAAGACGAACGUUGCCGCAUCUGAAGGCGCAUAUGACGUAGAGUCUGCGAAGGCCUCGGCAACCGGCUACGUCGAACAGGCCAAGAAUAUCGCUGGCAACGUCUUCACUACGGCCCAGUCGUACGCCUCUGGCAUCCCCCCUGCGACGAACGGCGCUGCUGCCGGUAUCGGCGCGACCGUGCAAUCCGCCCUCCAGACCGGCAAGGAGUACCUCGCCUCCGCGCAAGCCGCCGCACAGCCAUACAUCGAGACCGCGGCUGGUACUGCCCAUGCCACAAUCGAGAAGGCCAAGGGCGCCGUGUCACCCUCCACCCAGACCGGCGCCUCCGUAUCUGGAAAGCCCUCGGACGUGCCUGCUUCGACUGCCAGCCUCGAGUCUGGGCCUCACGUCGUCGAUACGCCGUAUUCCGCGGGCGAAUCGAAGGUCGCUGAGUUGUAGGCUGUUCAGGUUGACCGGGCCGCUUCAGUUGCCCUUGACGAGUACUUUAUGACGCUAACGUAGACGCUUUGGGACUGCCCCUGUAUAUGUAUGCUAUACCGCCUCGAUGUAAUUAUACAAGAAC